AUGCCCACCAGCCCGAGGAUAGAAACGGCACUUGAUGAUGUCGACGCGCGCACGUCGGCUCUGUGGCGCGAGCUCGUGGACACCAGUGUCGAGUGCGAGCUAUGCAACGAGCCAUACAACGACGACAAUGCGGACGAUGCCGGCCACAUCCCGCGCCUCUUGACGUGCGGCCACACUUACUGCCAGAGCUGUUUGGAUGACUGGGCGACGGCAAAUACUCGUCUGGCUGACGCUUUGGGUGAAGAAAUGGCCGUGGAAUGUCCAACCUGUCGCCGCGUCACGCGUUUGAACCGGGCGAUAGGCGCACAGGCGCUUCCUAAGAACUUUGAGCUCGUGCGCGCCCGUCAGGAGAUGGAAGCGCGGUCUCAGAUUCACUUGGUUCAACUCAAGCAGGAGUGGGCGAUUCAAGUGAAGGAGAAAGAGCUCUUGGCUAAAGAAGCACAGGAACAUGCUCGGACGGCCCAGCGGGAGAGUGUGCAGGCUUCCCAGCGUGCCUUGUUUCUGGCCAAGCAGGUGCAGAUCAAUGAGCAAGAGAAGAAAGAGGCACAGGAUCUGGCCGAAGAAGCGAGACGCCGCGCGCUGCUCGCGUCGCAGCAAGCGGCAGUGCUGCAGGCAGAGACUGAGAAUUUGAAACGGCAGCUUGAGGUGGAUGCUGCGCAGCUUGCUCGCAUGCAACAUGAUGCCUCGAGUGCUGCAGCUGUGGCCAAAGAGUUGACGUCGAAAGCGGAGCAGCUGCAACAGCAAGUAGACUGUGUUCGUGCUCAGCUUUCGCUGCAUGCCGGUCGUCAUGACCCUGGAAAGUUGGUUGUACUAGUGUGCGAACCGACGACCGUGGGCUCGUGGAUGAUGCCAUAUACGAGAUACGCUGUAAUCUGCAUUGCUAGUGACACGACGAAGGGCGAUCAGUCCAUUGACCCGUACCAAGCUGCGAAAACUUGGACACGCCUUCACCAAGUUGAAGAACCCAGCUCGUCUGUCAAAGUGUACCGCCGCUACAGCGAUUUUGUCUGGCUGCAUGGCGAAUUGCAGCGUCAGUAUCCGUUUAAGCUGGUACCCUGCGUGCCGGGAAAGCAGCUCUUCUUCAACAAAGAUAAGGAGUUUGUUGGUGAACGCAUGCGUUUACUGCAAGCCUUUUUGCGCGGUGUGCUUCGGCAGCCGCUGUUUGCCGUGACAGAAGAAGUGCGCGCUUUCUUGCUAUCGACCACGGAAGAACUCGAAAGUCUUCGGCGCGCUACUUCUACUUAUUACGGCGGAUUGGAGGAUGACGACCUGCUGUCGUUGGACGAAUGUUCACCCUGCGACGACGUGGAGUCCCGAAGCUCAUCAUCCCCGCGAGCUAGUUAUGCCCCCGCAUCGUCCACCAACACUACACUCAGCAUGCACAGCAGCACUUGGAGUGCGUGGAGUGCUGUGUCGGCCAUUACUUCAAGCGCUGCAAAGCUUGUCACGACAACAGGUACGGCUCUUACUGGUAUGGGCUCGAAAACCGGUCCAGCGAGUCUUCCUACAGAUUGCGAACUCGAGUUGUCGAGGAGUUUUACCGAGGCAGAAGGAGAUAACGCAGCGACUCGCUCGUGCAUCGAGCGUCGUCGAAAAUAUAUUGACGUGACAAGGUCAUACCAAUCAACGGCACAAAAGGGAAGUCAACUGUCACGGGCUUCGCGUCAGCAGUCGCACCAUUUACACCGCAUGUGUGAACUACUUCAUGACAUGAACCAGCUUGAUCAAGGUCAUGCGCAGCGCCGCCGAGAGAGACUUGCAGCGUCGAAGGAUGUAAGGUCUCAUCAGGUUGACGAAGAUGACGAUAUGGAAACACGAGCUUUUGGCGAUCGAGCAUCUGAUGUCUUUAGUGCCAUCUCUUUGAACACGAAGAACGAUGCUGACUGCAUGGAGUAUGCACUGUUGGAGAUCAUGCGGAUGCAGACGCUGGAGUUGGGAGGCAUUGAGGAUGCUUUUGGGCGCGUACGCCGUCGUGAGGAGGCGCUGCAAAUGCAGCAGCAAUUGACCCCACCAUCCAGCAGUCCCAGAACAGUCAACCACUCGAGUGACUAUGGAGUUUCACUCUCUGCCGUAUCUCUUAAACGCGACGAGCUGGCUACACAUAGGCGCGAACUGAAUGAAAAGGUUGCAGGUCUGGACCCUGGUCGCUCGCUUUUCGUGCUGGAUGUGCUUUGCAAAAACACCAGCGAGAUGUACAAGCUUGCAAAGACCAAGCGCAAGCUGUUUCAGGCCUCGCAGCAGCAACUGAUUGGUGUGAGGCGUUAG